UCGGAAUAAGUAUCAUUAACAAAACAGCGUUGUGACAAACAGUACACACGGAUUACAAUAAUGGCAUUCAAAUUCGCAGUUUUUGCCGCCAUCGUGGCCAUGGCCAACGCCGUUGCUAUCGGAUAUCCAGCUGCAUACCCAGCUGCCUAUCCAGCCGUUGCCAAGGUUGCUGCUCCAGUUAUUGCCAAGGCUGUCGAUGACUACGAUCCAAACCCACAGUACAGCUACAGCUACCACAUUGCCGAUGCCCUGACCGGAGAUAACAAGGAACAACAGGAAUCCCGCUCGGGAGAUGUUGUCACUGGAUCGUACGCUCUGGUUGAACCUGAUGGCACCCGUCGUGUUGUUGAGUACACUGCUGAUCCAGUCAAUGGAUUCAACGCUGUUGUUCACCGUGAGCCACUAGGUGUCAAGGCAGUCGCUCCAGUUGCCAAGAUCGCUGCUCCUCUGGCUUAUCCAGCCGUCGCCAAGGUUGCCGCUCCUCUAGGAUACCCAGCUGCUCACCUCGGAUAUCCAGCUGCUCAUCUCGGUUAUCCAGCCGCUGCUCAUCUCGGAUACCCAGCCGCUGCUCAUUUGGGAUACCCAGCGUACGGCAAAGCCAUCGUUGGUUAGGUUUCAUGCUAGAUAACCGAUUCUUUGGAAUUUUUCCCGAGCUUUCCUCAAAAUUUUCAUUCUCUUUGAAAGUCAUUAGUGUAAACUCUAUUUAUUUAUCAUUUCUCACUAUCAACUCAUUUCUGUUUGCUAUCUCAUUCUGCGACUCUAUCCUUCUCAAAGCUACAAACGUGAGUCUUCUAGUUAUUGCAAGCUCAACUAAACGCGUGUACAAAAGGUAUAUGUUUGUAAAUACAAGCCAUUUAAUUAUAAUUUAGUUGAACUAGUGUGCAACGAGAUGCAUUUAGAAGCAUCUUUUUCCUUGACUGUGUGACAAAAGCAGAGUGUAAAUUAUGUUAGAACUAGGCAACGUGGUGCAUCCGCACCAUGUUAAAAUAUACGCAAAUUUCUCUAAAAGAA